AGAAAUGGUUUCAUUUAUUUGUUUGCUUGGCUGUAGUUUGGAAGCUCCACGUCACAAAAAUGAACUAGAUUGUGCACAGAAUAAAAUAUAAACGGCUGUUCUUUGCAACUUUCUGUUGUUUUAUAGAAUCUUCAUGAAGUGUCUUGGUGAAAAAAAUGUAAUUCGGUGUCAAACUUGAGCGAUGUUUAGUUUUUGCCGCUGAAACAGAUAACAAUUUGGUUACUCUCUGUAAAAAAACAGGCUGGGCGUUGAUGACAUCAAAUGUUAUAGCGCGCCUCCUGCAGUGUACGGAUGAGUAACGUAACUACGUCGCGACCAUCACACGCGACGUCUAACGUCUUCGCUGCGAGGACUGUAAACCACUGCGUCUAUCUGCCACGCUACAGCUCACUGCAACUCUCACUACACUGCAUUUUGAGCCAUAAUACAGCAUAUUGAACCAUAAUACAUAAUACCAUAAUCAAUUUAACAACGCAUCACCAUGACUCAACAACGAAGAUUUUCGAUGAUACAGUGUUAGAAAUACGUGUUUUUCUGUAGGGAUUUUCUACCAAGAUUACCAUCAACAAUUAUUAACAUAAAUUACAAUAUAAUACAUCAUGCUCAUUCACUGCUGGGCGCUGUUUUUAGAUUUAUUCGCUAUCAUAUUCGUAAAUUCACUGAAAUUUCCCUAAUAUGUUUUUAAAGUUUGGAACGUACAAGUUUUUUAACUUUUAAAAUGUCAACACAAAUGAGCUGUUGAGAUUUAUUGAGCUUUUGAUUUCCUUAUUGCGCAUCAUCUUCAAAUAAGUUUUGUUAAAUUGGUUUAAAUCCCUGAUAAUUCAAAAUCACUUUAGAAGAAAGCUUUUUUCACUUCCAACCUCCUACCAGUACUUACCUAUUUUUUAUUGUUUAGAUUCAUUUGAGGACUCUAAGUUUCUUUCAAGAAUUUAUGCAAUCAUCAUGCAAUGAAUGCAUGGUUGCUGAUCAAAUUUGUGAAAAUUUGGCGGAAAUAAUUUUUUGAUUUCUGCAACCUUGGAGGUAAUAACUCAGUACGUACACUUCACAUGCCAUUACUUCUAUCAACCGUUACUUCAUUCAUUUCAAGUUACUUAAUUCGGCUUGCAUUUUGCUGGAGCUUCUGACAUCGUAACUCCAAUAUAGUAACCCUGGUGAAUACGCACCUUCAGAACAUUGCCUUCUACAUUAGCAGUACAAGAAAUAUCUACACUAAAUAGGAGCGCACAUAUCGUAACUCAGGAACAAGAGCACUCCAUGGCCUGCUCACGGACAAUUGCAGCAUUUCAAGGUAUCCAACUCCCGUAAAAUUGGAGCUGGUCAAGGUUUUAUACACCGUAAACAUUUUAGUUUUCUAAGGCAUCCUGCUCCCCGACCAUCUGAGUACCGAGGCCUGCUAGUUCCUAUACAUAAGACCCAUACCGAGCCCACCUUGGGCCCCCCAAGACCUACCCAAGCCCACCUCGUACAUAAGCCCACUUCGUACCCCAGCCCACUUCGUACCCCAGCCCACCUCGUACCCAAGCCCACCUCGUACCCAAGACCCACCCUGACCAUGAGUAUAAGUCCCAGAGUGGGUGUGACGUCAUCGAACCCUAACGCAGCGUUCUCCGUAACGUCGCUCCUGAGUCCCCUGGACGCGGCCUUAGCAUCGCCUUCGUACUCGGCCUCCAUCGCCGACCAGGCUGCCAGGGGGGGCAUCACGUCCUCUGGUGGGGGGCUCGCCCCCUGUGCUUCUGUCACGGACUUUGCCACGGCGGCCGUGGCGAUGCAGAACCCGUAUGGCAUGAGCCCUAUGGCUCAUAUGGCACAGUUCGGCUCAGCAGCAUCCACGUACCAGUACUGCAACACAGAUCUCAGCCACUACCCCGCCUCAGCCGCCGCAUGGUACGGCUCAUCCACAACCGACCCCAGAUUUGCCAGUGAGUACAUUGGGUUUCUUGUUGCAGUUGUUGUACGAGUAGAAUUGUGUCAUUAG